AUGCAAUAUCGGAGACCCAAGCUGAAAUCUUUGGAUAAUAAAGAGAAUCAACACACUUCGGAAACUCCAUAGCAGACUCGCAAACUGUUUAGGAAGACAUCACCAAAAUUAUUGUAGCCAUUACAAAUGGAUUAACACAUUAGUUCAAGAGAACCUUUGACUACAAAAGUGGAUGGACUGCACAAAAUCAGGCUAAGAACAUAUGUUAGCACUGUAGAAAAUUUGAUGAAUGAUAAUUUGUUAAAAUUAAUACCUCCAACAUGUGAUGGGACUACUUACUCAAUUGGACAGUCAAUAGGUAAGGGAAGUUACGCCACAGUAAGACUAGGAACUAACAAGCAAGGUUUGAAAGUAGCAAUAAAAGUGUAUGAAAAGUUAUUCUUAAAAGGCGAGCGACUCAAUAAUCUCGUAAAAGAAAUCAGCGCAUUGAAAGCCCUGAAUCACGAGCAGAUUGUUAAAUUAUUGGAUGUCUAUCAUUGUGGAAGCACUAUAAAUUUAGUGUUGGAAUACUGUGGAAGUGAAAGUCUCUUUACUUUGGUUAAAUAGCACAGAGCCUUAUCAAAAGAUUAUGCAUUCAAUAUCAUUCAUUAAUUGUUGAAGCUCCUAGUCUACAUUCAUGAGAAGAACAUAUGUCAUCGAGACAUCAAGCUUGAGAAUAUUCUCAUAACCAAUAAAAAAAUUAGACUCAUUGAUUUUGGGUUUAGCACUCUAUACAAUAGCAUUAGUUGUCAUUGUGGUACACCAAGCUAUAUGUCACCUGAAGUGGUCACAAAGCAGAAGUAUGAUGGAAGGACUACUGAUAUAUGGGCCUUAGGGGUUCUUUUUGUUGGCUUACUUCAAGGGAGCUUCCCAUACAAGGGCUCAUCAGAAAAGGAACUGUUUUCCAAGAUAAGAAAUAAUGAGUAUACAAUUAAUAGUUAGGAUAAGGAUGUUAGGGUGUUUCUGGGACAGAUCUUUGUUUUGGAUCCUCAUCAUCGGGCUACUGCGAAAGAGUUACUUUAAUGCGAUGUAUUUAGAUAUAUGUGA